AUGAACAACACGACAUUUUAUUGUAAAAAUCAUACAAUAAUUUUUUAAAUCUCCCGAAUAAAAUACAUGUCUAAAAAACAUUUUAAAGAUAUCUUUUAAAAAUAUCUUUAAGACUACACUACGAAAUAUAAAUAAAGUCGUUUUUCUGACACUUUAUAAGAUAUUUAAAAAAUUAUAGACAUUAAUACUUUCUAUCUCUGGGAGUUCCAAAUGAGAACAGGUACGUGGAUUCCACGUGUUUUACGUAGAAUAAACGGAUAGAACUUUAUCGACAAGAUUUUCACAUGAACUCGACGUAAACACUGCUACAUAGAUUUUAAUACAUUUUAUCCACAUAGAAUUACUGACAAAAUUUGACGGAAAUUGUGAUAAGAGAUAACGAUGUGGACUUCAAAAGAAUAAAUUUACAUCGAUUUUCAUCCUGUACAAUCCAAGUAGAAUUAUUGAUUAAAUUUAAAGGAGAUAAAAAUAGGAGACAGCAACACAAACUUCACAUGACGAAAACACCAUGAAGAAGCUGUACUUCGCUGCUGUAGCAGGGCAAAAUUCGAGAAAAAUAAAUUUAUGUAAUUUAAAAUUAUAUAAUGCUGUGAGGAACAUUUGUUAUAAACCCAUGCACUGCAAAAACAGAAGUGUUAUUAGGUGUGUUAAAACAACACACAAUUCACAAAUGUGGUGUAUUGAUGUUUUUAAAUAACACAGUUGCUGUUAUAGAUUGAAACGAUACACAUGGUGACUGAACUACACACGAGUUUUGUGUUACAAUGAAUAAUACACUUCAUUCUGUGUUAAUUUCACAACUCAGUAAAUCGAAUGCAUAUAAUGUGUGUAUAAUUAAUCGUAGAAUAUAUUUAGAAAAAAUAACAGAUCAUUAAAAUUACACACUUACAGGAAUUAUACGCGAAGCUCGCAGUAAUAAAAAAAAAGAAUUUAAAAACAGUAUUAAUGUGAUGAAUGUAUUAUAGUUGCCAUUGAUAAAAGUAUAUUUUUACGUUUAUUCUGCGAUAAGCAUACUGCAUAUUAUGCAGGAAAUUUAGGUAUACUGUCAGUUGGCAUAAAUCUCGGUUGGGCGUCGCCAUCCUUGCCCUUACUUAUAAAUGGCGAUAAUGAUGGAUAUCCUGUGCGUUUGACUAUGAAAGAAGCCUCUUGGGUGGUUUCCUUAUUUUUUCUCAGUACCAGCGGAGGUUGUGUUAUUCCUGCAUUGAUAGUGAAUACCAUCGGCAGAAAGAACACCAUGUUAUUAGGGGCUGCACCCUCGAUAAUCGGCUACUUGAUGAUAAUCUUCGCAACAUCAUCGUGGGAGCUAUACGUUUCGAGAUUUAUACUCGGAAUAACUGGUAGUAUUAGUUUAACAGUCACGCCGAUGUAUUUAGGCGAGAUUUCGCCAGCAGAUGUUCGCGGCAUUUUGGGAUCCAUGAUGUCGGUCGCUCUAAACCUUGGCACUUUAAUCGAGUUCAUGAUAGGCCCGUUUGUAUCAGUGAAAAAUCUCGCUCUUAUUUCUUUGGUAGGACCGUGCUUGUUUCUGAUCACUUUCAUCUGGUUACCGGAAUCUCCGUACCACUGGAUACGUUGCGAUGCCAAACAGAAAGCCAUAAAUUCUCUCGUCCAAUUGAGAGACAAAGAAGAUGUUUAUAAGGAAGCGGACAGUAUCGAGCAAUCUGUAAAAGCCGAUUUAGCUAACAAAGCUGGUUUUCGUGAACUUCUAUUUACACCAGGUAAUCGUAGAGCCCUAAUAACGGUCGUGUGUCUGUGCUCGAUUCAACAGUUGAGCGGCAUUCAAGCCGUGUUGCAGUACGCUCAAAUGAUUUUUGAUCAUGCAAACGGUAAACUGGAGGGCAAGUAUUUGACUAUGAUACUGGGUGCUGUGCAGUUAGUUUGUGCAGUUGUCUGCAUGAUGAUCAUCGAUCGUAGCGGCAGAAAGCCAUUGCUCACAAUCUCCGCCAUCGGUACAGCGUGCUCAAGCGCCAUAGUUGCAUCAUAUUUUCAUCUUCAAUAUUAUCACGUAGAUACCAGCAAUAUAGUGUGGUUGCCAGCCAUCUGUGUGAUUCUAUACAUUAUUAUGCAUUCCUUGGGUUUGGGAGCGUUACCACUCACCAUGGCCAGCGAAAUGUUCCCCACAAACGUAAAGACUCUCGGCAUAAUGACAAGCGUAAUGAUGUUAAAUUUCAUAGGUUUUAGUAUAGCUGAAUUGUAUCCGGUUAUAAGCGAAAAGGCCGGUAUACACACGCCGUUCUGGAUAUUCACCGCGUGUAAUCUCGCUGGUGCUGUAUUCACGCUUCUUUACGUAAUUGAAACCAAAGGUAAGACGCUGGAGCAGAUACAGGAGGAGCUGCAUGAUCUGUCGAAACAGAAAGUCAAAAGUGAAAUACAUUCAAACGUCGACUUUCCUUUGAGGAAUUUUUGAAGGAUAUUUGCGAAUUGUUUGUAUUUAAUCGAAGAAAGUACGGGGUUUAUACUUACUGUAAUUACCUCAUUUGAAGUGAGUAGUCUUUAUUUGUAUUAUUGUUAAAUGUAAAGUGGGUAAGGUAAUAUGUUUAAUAUAUGUACAAGUUAAUAUGUGUUUUGAUUAGUUAAGUUACGGUUAAUGGCUUAUAAAAUUAAUUUAGUUACAUGAUCAUAAAACUAACUAGUUAAAAGUUACAGUUAAUAGUUAAGAUUAAAUUUACUUAAAUUAAAAGUUAAUUUUGAAAGAUGUUAUUAAUAAGAAAUUAGAAACUUGUAAGUUUUUAAGUUAGAGUAAAACAAUAUGUAUUAUCAAAUUUAAUAUUUUAUUUAUACAUCAAGUUUAUAUAUUAAAUAACAAACAUAUACAAAAAUUGUAUUGUGGCUCACAAUAUAGACUACAGAUCACUUCAAUUAAUUGUCUUACAUGAAUAUAAGUUUUUUUAGAAUUUAUGACGUUUGUCAUUUAUAUUAUUAUUUAAUAUUAUAUUAUUAUAUUAUUAUAUUAUUAUUAUUUAUAUUAUUAUUAUUAUGCGGUUUAAUACUGUUUCUAUCUAUUGUCAAAAUACAUAAUAGGUUUGUUUAUAUUAGCUAAAAAAAUUAAAUAUAGUGGAAACGUAUCUACGUAUUAUGAAACAUUCUAGGAAUAAAUUCUUAUUUUUAAAAAAUCUA